AUGGUCUGCGGACUAAGUUAUAUCGUGGAUAACUUUGAUGAAGUCUAUCACCAAAUAAUCCAGCCUGGGAAAACGUACCAUCAAACAAUCCAAACCGAGAAAAACGAUAGCCACGAUUUCACUUCAAAUGGAACGUGCCCAGCAUAUGUCCGUGAUCCUCUCAUGUCGACGAAAGUUGAAGACCCCGCUACUGACUUCUGGUAUUCGAAUAUGCAAAUACCAGCGCCUUAUAUUCAAUUUGAUAACGCCCCGUGGAGGCAUGCAGCGCCUGAUACCAGGAAAGUUGGAGCACAGGCGAGUCCCGAGGCGUUUCAGAAAAUGAUGGAUUUUGCGCUCUUUGGAAUCCUUGUGUAUGCAUGUCUCCUGACAACGUUCCGGGGUUUGCAAUUCAUUUUUGGAGGAAAAACAACAACACGGACAAGGACUGAUGCUCGCUCAGGAUCUGGUGACUUGGGCAACCAAAAUCUCAACAAUUUCCAAAUGAUUCUUUCGAUAAUCAACUCGAACAAUACAGCACAAUCGCAAGCUAAUGGCCUUAUAUCGACGAACCUGGAAGAAAUUUUGAGUCGAAUGUCGAAUUUGAGUAAUAUCGAAGAAAGAAUCGGUAGACGAAUCCAAGAGAGCAACUCGGAGCUGCAACGAUCUUCCGGAGAUUUACGGACACGGCUUGAAGGGUUCAAAGAACUAUACACGACUGACCAACACGAGAACAAUGCAAAAAGUGACAAAGUGCAAAGUAAACUGAAGACGUUGGAAAGCAAAAUCCAGGCUUUGAUUAGGAAUUAUGAAGAGCUGAACGAACUUGUCAAAGCCGACGAUACGAACAGUAGAAUCUUGUCCAUGAGUGCAAAGGUCGAACAUAUUAGCAAACUUGUCGAAACCAACGACAUAAAGGACGGGAUCCAAGCCGUGGAUGAGAAGAUUGAACAAUUAAGCAAUGGCAAGAUUGAAGCCUUGGAAGAAAAGAUUGAAAAAGUCAACAACGCAAAUGACAAGAUCAAGACCUUGAACGAUAAGUUUGAAGACCUUAACAAAUUUGUUAGAGCCAACAAUUCGGACCGCAAGAUCCAGGCCUUCGGUGCAAGUAUCGAAAAAUUGAGCCACCAGGCCUCGAAAGCUCUGACUGUUGACAGCCCGCAGUUCAAAGCCCUGGACAAUCGAGUCUUUGAAGUUCUAAACGAGGUAUCAGAAGCACCAAUGGAAUUUCUAGGUCUUCAGGAGUCUACUCAGCGACUGACUCUGAAAAUCGAAAUCUUGGAGAGAGAAAUACAAAAAGUAAGCAACACGAGAGGCGAUUUUCAAACAUUGGAAAUAAAGAUCGGGGAGAUGCAGAAAGACAUUUUGACGUUGACAGCUCGUCGAAACGAUGUCCAAUCUCUGAAUGAGCCACUCAAGAAGAUGCAAGAGGAAUUACAAAUGAUCAAGGAUAUUUCAAGAAAAUUACAGGAGAUACAGAAAAAUAUCUCGGCGCUCCUAGAUAAUGGAGGUGAUGUUCAAUCUAUGACUGAGAAACUCGACAAGAUGACACAAAAGAUCAACAACAUGCUGGAGAAAGUUCAGGAUUCGAGCCAGAAGACUCCAAAUAUACAAGAAGAAGUACAGCAAAAGCAUGCUUCAGCAGUUUCUAGGUUGGAAGCCGACCUUCAAGAUUUGGAAAAACGGUUAACCAGUCAAGAUACGCGGGUGGAUGUAAUGAAUGAAGCUCAUCAAAAAAAGCUCAACACCCAUGAAGAAAGCCUGAACAGUCUACGGAUUGAUCUUGACAAAAUCGAAACCGAGAAUAAAAGGAGUCUGGAGGAUCUACGACGGGAGAUCAGCGAAGUUGAAUCCAACACAGGCGCAAUCGAUGAUCGGGUUCAGCAUAUCGCCAACGCAACAGUCCAAUCGCAUAUUAACGCAUAUCGGGAUGAGGUAAAGGACCAACUACACGAUGAACUCAAACAACUGGAUUUACCGACUUGGUCAUCUCGCCUGGAAAGUCUUAUUGAUCAAGUUAACGGGUUUAAACAGGCUGUUGAACAGUUCAUAAAGGACAACCUUACAGAGCAACUUGGCAAAUUUGAUAUCAAAGAGUGCAAGUGCAGUGAUGUUAAUCUUGCGGGAAAUACUGGCGAUCUCGAAGACAGUAUCAAAGAGAGCAUGGCCGAGAAGUGUACCGACUGCGAGAAAAAGUUCGAGACUAGAAUCGAGACGGUCGAGAACAAUUUAGAAUUCUUCGAAGGGGCGCGAGCAAAUAAUGGAGAACGACUCGAAGAAAUCGACGAACGAGUCAAAGGAAUAGAACACCAAGUCGAGAAGACAAAAGAAAUUUUCAUUGAAAAGUUUAGCCUGCUUAUAAAAUCUAGUCACGGCGAGGAUCAACAAGAAUGUCGCGAUCAGAAAUUGGACAAGUUCGCAAACAACUUCAAGGAGCAAGGCCUUGGUUAUGGCAUCAGCGUAUUGCUGGACCGUGUGGAAGGAAUUCAGAAAAGACUGAAAACCCUACACAAGUCUGUACACGGCAAAACGGACAUACUCACUGAGUGGCCAAUAAUUGAUCAAAUACUUGCCAUUCAGGAGGAGUUAAAGUUGGUAUGGUAUGGAAUGCCCAUUAAUAGCGCAGACACAGAACUACUGAACUUUGAGGGUACAGCCACGGAUAAUCAAAAGACUGCUCCUUCUCAGCAGAGUACCACGACCGCAAACGAAACUGUUGGUCAACAGGCUCCAGCACCGAUUCUGUCGAACGCUCCAAUGGUUCCUCAGCACAGCUCAGUUUCCCAGCCCAUUUUUCGCUAUCAAGCCAUUGGGGAUCCAGACGAGAUACCUCCUGAAAUGCUGGCGAUUUUGGCAUAUGGUCCACCCUCUGGAGACACACCAGUUUCCCAAAACUACCAGUCCAAUCAACCUAUUCCUUUCACACAAACUGUUCCUGUGCUUCAGACUGCCACCACUACAGAACAGGUGAACGUUGAUCAACAGGCACCACUGCAGCAGCCACCGGAUGAUUCACCACCAGCUACUUCUGACGAGCAGCCUACUGCCUCUCAGGCUAGGCCAUCCAAUAUUUCCGGUCGCAAAAUCAAAGUACCAAUGUCCCGAAAGAAGCCGUACCAUAAACAGCAGCCACAGCAGCAACUGCAGCCGCCGACUACGGACGAUACGUUGAGCCCCCAACAGCAACAAAGUCAACAGCAGCAGCAGCCGUUAGUGAUGGAGGAUAUUAUUGACAUGAGCCAACUCGCCGAUAUGACCAUGACAGAACCCACCUCUCAGUUUACUACGACCCAGCCACCACCACUACCAGAGGUAUGCCCAGAACCGCAAGCAAACUUGGAAGCAGAAGCGCAAGGAAAAGCGCAAGAAUUAUCCAACUUUCAUAAUAAUUACGACGACCUCUUCGAAGAGUUUGGAGAGAUACCUGGAUUAUCAGAAAAGUUAGAUGAAGAAGAAAGGAAAAUAAAGGAAGAAAAAAGAAGAAAAGAGGAAGAAACGAGAAUAGAGGAAGAAAAGAGAAGAGAUGAAGAAAAAAUACUACAAAGGAAUGUUCCUCUUAGUCUCCCUGGAAAUGUGCCUGCGGUCGAUGUGCCCCAAAAUACCCAAACCGAGACAAACCAGGGGGCUUCGAACAUCCAAGGGGAACCGCCAACGCAAGAACGAAGGACUAUACCCGAAGUACAGAGAAAUGUGGCUUCACCAGUUGAAACAAGCAUGUCAGUUAAGACUUCAGAAGAACAAAAGAAAGCAGAUGAGACUGCUGGAAAGAAAUCUGCUUCAUUUUCGAGUUCGCAACAAUUGUCCUUGAGCCAAAGUCGAUGGGCUGAUAUACCGAACGAUUCGGUGCCACAAGGCGAAAGCAGCGGUUCAGUUAAGGACUCAGAGCAGAAGCAAGCAGAUGAAACUGUUAAGGAACGACCUCCACCUUCAAAAAAUAGCCCAUCAAACGGUAGUCAAUCGGCUCCAAAACAUGCAGAUAAGGCGCCACAAAGCAAAACAACAAGAAAUCCGGCGAAGGCUUCAGAAGACUCAAGGAAAGCACCUGGGGCUGUUAGGAUUACCAAGCUUCCUGGGCCUACUAGACCUCUCCCGCUGCCUUUCACAGGACAAUCAAUGAGCUGGAGUGCAUUGGUUGAUAAACAAAAGGGUCAAGCACCACAAACCCAAAUAGCAACUAGUCCGAGAAAGACUUCAGGAGAGCAAAAGGGGGCUGGCCAGACAGCCAAGAAAUCUUUGCAGUCUCAAGGACCGUCGUUGGGUGACAAUCGACAGGCUCAGAGCAAGGACAAUGCGGCAUCAAAGAGCGAAGCAACAAGUGAUCCGGUUGAGGAAUCAAGUAAUAGAGAAGUUAGACACCAGGCUGUUAUAGAAGGGUUUUCAAAAUACAAAGGAACACCGUUAAGUGAAAGUAGAUGGGCUGAUCCACCGGAUGGGGAAAAGUCGAGCAAGAAAGAGGAGACACCUGAGGCUGUCAAAAAAGGCUCUUCAACUACUACCAAGGAAAAAACUUUGAACGAGGAGAGCUUAGUUACACCGGAGAAACAGAAGGCGCCUCGUGAUGGUACAGCAAGCAAUCCUGCCAAGGGAUCUGACGACAGAGAAGUCAGACAUCAAGCUGUUCCAGAAGGGGUUUCAAAAUACAGAGGAACACCAUUAAGCGAAAGUCGAUGGGCUGUUAAAUCAGAGGAACAGGAGGAAUCAACAAAGACACCGACGAGAGAUGCAAGAAGCAGCCCAUCUGGAACGGCUGUUAAGGCCCUUGAAAAGGCCUAUUCCAAUGCUAAGGGAAAAGGAAAAUCGGUAGACGCCAAUAUCCCGGCUACACCAGCAAAGCAGAAGGAAGUGGCUUUAAAAGCUGAAGCAAGGAGCAACCCAGCCGAGGAACCAAGUAAUGAAGAAGAAAGAUUUGAGGCUGUGAAAGGAGCCUGGGAAACCAUCAAGGGAAAAUCGUUAAGCGAAAGUCGAUGGGCUGAUAAAAUAGAUGAAAAGGAGAAUACAACGUCAACACCAAAGAAUGACGCAGAAAGCAGUCCAUCUGGGGGAUCAAAGGGAUCAGAAGGGAGAUAUAAGGAUAAAUCGAGAGGAAAACAAGGACGCAGCGGCAGAAGGUGA